AAGUUCAUCCCUAGCCCGACACAGACCCGGGUUGACCCGAUUCCGUCGCUUACGGUUGAGAGAUUCUGUUCGUUCGUUGAGUCGAUCACAACUGAAGUGAAGAUGCGUUGGUCCCCUUUUCUAGGAAUUCCGAUUUUAUUGGCCUUGCUCUCUUUCUUCCUCUUCAAUUUCCCCCCUCUCAAAUCCCCCACCAAUCAUCCUCCGCCUAGGCUAUUCACCGCGGAGGAGCUAGCUCUUUACAAUGGAACUGCUCAGCACCUGCCGAUUCUUCUUGGUAUUCUGGGGUCGGUUUUUGAUGUGAGUAAAGGCAAAAGCCAUUAUGGUGCUGGAGGAGGCUACAACCAUUUCUCAGGAAGGGAUGCCUCACGAGCAUUUGUCUCAGGAAAUUUCACUGGAGAUGGACUUACCGAUAACUUGCAUGGUUUGUCUAGCACUGAGGUGAAAAGCAUCGUUGAAUGGCGAGAUUUCUACUCCAGGACAUACAUAUUUGUGGGUAAAUUAGUCGGUCGUUAUUACGAUGCUGAAGGAAACCCAACAAAAUACUUGAAAGGGGUUGAAGCAAAGGCAGCCAGAGGCGCUCAGCUGCUCGAGAAGCAGAAGAAAGAAGAAGCUAGUGUAGUCAGCUGUAAUUCAAGGUGGAGUCAGGAAGAGGGAUCCGAGGUAUGGUGUGACGAAGGUUAUCCUAGGCUAGUUCAGAGGCCCGUUGAAAUAGCUUUGACGGGGAAAAUGAGCAAGCGAUGUGCUUGCUUCAAAGAAGACGAACUGGACCACGUCGGGUUAGAAGUCUAUGACGGAUGUGAUUACUUAUCCAAGACAUGCCGAUUAUAGCACAGGUUUAUCCUCCCGAUAGCCCUGCUUCGGGCAGCCAGAUUUGGAACAAGUAUGUUUAUUUCCCUUAUGCAAAAUUUUCCAAAUCAUUGAAGAUAUAUAUACAGUGGAGUUGUAUAUUGGCUGAUAAAAUUUUAUGCACAAAUCAUAUUUUCUCUGCA